UUUUACUAUCCACCCUCAGCUCCCCCGAAUAAGGAAUUGAUUCAACGACGAAAGCCGCUCCCAACAAAUAGUCGUCUAACUUGUCCUGGCGACCGGACGAAAUUAACAGUCUUGGUAUAAAAACAUAGCCAAUUUUGCUGGCUUUUUUUUCCAGCCGCGGCUUCAGAAUGAAGCCCCUGGAAUCUGGCUCCAGUAGCAAAGCAAGCUCCACAGCUUCGGCACCGACUACACCACCAGGCAUCCCAGCACCAUAUGGCAGGGCCUGCGCCAACUGUGUCAAGGCCAAAUGCAAGUGUUUUUACCGGGGUAGCGGUCGGGAGCUCACCAGCUGUGAAAGAUGUCACCGACUUGGAAAAGACUGUGUGCCAUCAGAGACUAUUCGGAGGCGUACUUCAAGGCGCCAAACCACAUCAAGGACUGCCCAACUUGAGGAGAAGCUUGAUGAUCUAGUUUCGCUACUCAAAACCCAGCAGCAACCACCACCUGGAGUGGGGAGUGCAGCUACUCUCGAUCCGACUACCCGAGUUGCGUCCUUACCCAAUAAGGACUUGGCUCACUCGCAAGCGCAACAGGCCCAAAUUUUGGCUGGCGUGAUAUCACCAGUUUCUGUAACAACAACAUCAUCAGCUCCUGUUCCCAAUAAUCAUCAGCCUUCCCUGAUGCCUUCUCCACCCAAAAAAGCAAGGAAAUUCAGCAGCGAUCCAUCCCGUGAGAGGACAGCCUCGUCCAACAUCAUUAUUCCUACUUCAAGCGUGCAACUUGAUCAGGAAGCCGAAGAAUGUCUCCAGACUUUCUCAAAAGGUUUUCUUCACUCAUUUCCUUUUUUCCACGUCACAGAAAAUAUGACUGCAUCCCAGCUACAGCUCAAAUACCCAGUCUUUAUGCUUGCCAUCAAGUCGGUCACCUGCAAGUUAUUCCCGCAACUGAAGCACUAUUCCAAGCAACUGCAGCAAACGCUGGCACAAAAGAUCGUUCUCGACUACGAGCACUCAAUAGAUCUUUUGUUAGCUCUUCUCACCUGCAUUGGCUGGUUUCAUUUUCAUGAGUCCAGGAGACCAUUCCUCACAACUAUUACACGGUUGGCCAUAUCACAGGCUAUUGAACUCGGUCUACAUCGGCCAUUCGGUGAGACGAAUGGGAUCAACGCGUUUAGACAACAAAACGAUGUCCAAAAGAACAAGCCGGCACGUACCAAUGAACAGCGUCGAGCCGCUCUGGGCUGCUAUUUUGUCACAUCUGCUAUGUUCACUGUGAUGCAAAGGGCAGAAGGAUUACCAUGGACACCCUACCUCGAGGAGAUGAUGUCAGAUCUGACCAAAGAGUCGGAUUGGCAUGGAGACGAGGUACUUGUGUUCCACGUAAAACUACAACAGGUCAACGAGCAAGUGUAUAAAGCCCGAUUUCAGCACGGGAUACAACUUAAUGACUCGGUUCUCCUCAAUGAGCCCCAUAAAGGGCUUCCUUCGUACUACAUCAACUUGCUGUUGAACACAGUACGAACUGCGCGCUCCUGUUUAUCUGAAAGCGCCGCCAAUGAUGUUGGACUCGACUUUCUACAAAAGUUUGUGGAAGCCAUAAUAGCCGAAAGCGCCCUGGAUCACAAAGAACCACCGUUUACAAAACCAACUCAAUUCACCAAACCGACCAGUGUCAGGCAGCUUGAAAAUCUCCAUGCCUUACUCGAAGCCGUUGAGCGCUUAUUCAACUCCUUCUACGAAGCACCUCCCAUUCGCUUCUACUACAUGGCCUACCCCGUAAUUAUGUCGCUGCCACAUGCCAUGUGGAUGCUUUUGAAGCUGUGCACCACUUAUGCCGACUCUGUCUGGGACCCCAAUGAGGCUCGCCGUCGAAUCGACCUUUUACAAUGGAUAGAUCUUAUGCGUGAAAAACUAUUGGCAAUUCCUGUCGUCGCGGGGCUAGUCCCGACUUUGGACCCAACCGAUCCCAUAGAUCCAGACAAUCCGCCCGAGACCGACGUUUUCAGCAAGUGUGGACCAAUGAUGGACGCUGUUCGCGUGAGAUGGGGAGCUGAACUACAAAAAUACACCAUCCCGCCACAAACUUUACCAAAUUCUCAUGAUGGCACGUCGUCGACAACUUUGAAUGGAUGCACCAUUCCUGCCACCCAGCAGGGACCAAUAGCCACGACAAUGAACAUGGACCCGGGCUUUGCAGCCCAGAAUCAGCCAUCGGAUCUGAUACCUAUUUACCUGCCGCAGUAUGACGUUUCUUCCUGGUUGUCAUUUCCUUCCAUAGAACAAAGCUGGUAUCCGAUGGACAUGGCUUACAACUGAUGAAAAUGCACGCGUCGAAUUUCAGAAAAACGCUAAUUCUGAAUGGAAAAUUCGAGUCCGCACGGAUCGCGAUGUAUCGGUAGUAGGGGGAUUAGGAUAUCUUUCGAACAGGGAGUGAAUUUAUCACCAAAUUCUAGCACACGAUGACGAAUGUUUUAAAGUUCCUCUAGUGGAAAAGAUGUCCACACACCCUGCUGCGACAACAGGAACAGAAAUCUGGUUGGCCUUGCGGAUGAGAUGAGGUUAAUACAAACUUGUACAUCGAGCUUAUCUACCGGAUAUGCCUCAUAGGGUGCCCCUGUGUUUACUCGUGAGAGGAGAAAAAAAGGGGGGACUGCCUAGCUAUUAUAUAUUCUUAAUAUUUGACUUGGACGAGGACCCGGCCUAUUCCUGCCUUUGAGGUCCAACUUUGACCUAGUCUCAGCUUUCUAAAAACCUUCUUAAAACCUCUUUCAUAUUCUCA